GUUUCCUUUGAUCAAAAGAAUCUUCCAGGAAAGUUCCUAGAUGGUAACCAAAUUCAUGCUUUAUAUAAGAACGAUUUUUAUUAAUGGGAUAAUUCACUGCAAAGUAGAAAGCUAAUUAAUUAAGCUGAUCAAUGCAGGUGCUUGAUUCAUCAAUAGAACAAGAGUGAAAAAUGUCUUACAAAAUGGAAAUUGAAGAAGUUUGUGAAUCACAAGCACUUCCAUUGCUCUCAUUGAAUCAUGUCUCACUUUGUUGUAGAUCAGUUUGGGAGUCUAUGAAAUUUUAUGAAGAUGUUUUGGGCUUUGUUCCCAUUAAACGACCAUCUUCUUUCAAAUUUACUGGAGCAUGGUUUUAUAAUUAUGGUAUUGGAAUACAUUUAAUUCAGAAUCCAGAGAUUGAUGAAUUUGAUACCUACAUAAAUGAAUCAAGGCCUAUUAAUCCCAAGGAUAACCAUAUCUCAUUCCAGUGUACGGACGUUGAACUUGUUAAGAAGAGAUUGGAAGAAAAGGGGAUGAGAUAUGUUACAGCAUUGGUAGAGGAUGAAGGAAUCAAAGUGGACCAAGUUUUUUUCCAUGACCCUGAUGGCUACAUGAUUGAGCUAUGCAACUGUGAGAAUAUCCCAAUCAUUCCUAUUUCUUCAUGCUCUGCCUCUUUCAAACCUAGAAGCCAUAGUUUUAAGAGAUCUACUUCCAAUUCCAAGUGUGGAUUCAUGGAGAAUGUUAUGAUGCAAAGCUUGAGCAUGCACAUGAUGGACUUUGCCUUUUAAUUUGACAAAAGUCAAGAACAUUAAGCCUAUGUUUGGUAUUAGGUGACUACGCCAGAAUUAUGGUGAUCCAUCGUGAAAUUUUUAAAAAAUUAUGAUGGAUCAUCGUAAUUCAGACGUAUUUGCGUGAUGUCGAACAUAGACUAAUUCCACUUACUUUUUUUGGUUACUAUUAGAUAGGAAAAGUUAUUAUCAGUGUCUAGUGCAAAUGGUUGGUCAACAAAUUUUGUAAGUGUUGUAAAUUAUGAGGUAUUGAAUUUUAUUUCUAAUUAUUAAAAAAAAAAUAAGAUAAUAAAAUUGUGUUAAUCAAAAUGGAACAAAAUAUAUGAUAGGUUGGAGGGCAAUUAAGAAUGUAAGAUUGUUAUUGAUAAAUGUUUAGAUGUAUCCAAAAGUUGUUGGUCUUGAUUUAAUUGUAAGGGAAGAGUGUGGUCCAAAGAAAAUUUGUAUUGUACAUGUAUUUGUAUUUGUACUAUGUGGUGUUUAAAAUAAUAAGAAAUUGUGAGAUAUUUCUAUUUGUA